AUACGGAGUAGAAAAUAAAAUUUUGAAAAUUGGGGCGGAUGGUAACAUUUCAAGAAGUUAUGGGUAUAGAGAAUAUUUAAACUUUGUCUUGGGGCAUAAGAAAAUGUCACCACAUCGCGGGUAGCGCCUGGCUUCAUCAGUUCAUCAAGAAAGACUCAAGCCUCUCCAUAUCGAGUGCUAAUUGAGAGAGUUCAGAAGCAUCGUAUCCUUCUUCCAAUCUCAGUAGAUACACUGCAGGAAGAAGGGUCGAAGAAUGAGUAGAGGGAGCGGAGGAGGCUACGAUCGUCACAUCACGAUCUUCUCGCCCGAGGGUCGUCUCUUCCAAGUCGAGUACGCGUUCAAAGCCGUGAAGGCCGUCGGAAUCACCUCCAUUGGUGUGUGUGGAAAAGACACUGUUUGUGUUGUUACUCAGAAGAAAGUUCCGGACAAGCUAUUGGACCAGACAAGUGUGACCCAUUUGUUUCAAAUUACGAAGUAUUUAGGUGUAUUGGCUACUGGAGUGACAGCUGAUGCUAGGACUUUGGUCCAACAGGCUAGGAAUGAGGCGGCUGAGUUCCGUCAUAAAUUUGGGUAUGAAAUGCCAGUGGAGGUGCUUGCCAGAUGGAUUGCAGACAAAUCUCAGGUUUAUACUCAGCAUGCCUACAUGAGACCCCUCGGAAUUGUUGCAAUGGUUUUGGGUAUCGAUGAAGAAAAAGGACCUCAGCUCUUCAAAUGUGAUCCUGCUGGUCAUUUUUUUGGUCAUAAGGCAACCAGUGCUGGAUCUAAAGAACAAGAAGCAAUCAACUUUCUGGAGAAGAAGAUGAAAAACGACCCGGCCUUCUCAUACGAGGAAACCGUUCAGACUGCAAUUUCGGCUCUUCAAUCGGUAUUACAGGAGGAUUUCAAGGCCAGUGAGAUUGAGGCUGGAGUUGUGAGUCAGGAAGACAAAUCUUUCAGAAUGUUAUCAACUGAGGAGAUUGAUGAACACUUGACGGCUAUCAGCGAGCGUGACUGAUUUUUCCUGAUAAGUUUUCUCCACACACAUUUUGCUGUUUGGUCAUUGGGCAAUUCAUGUUUCAAACUUGUGUUGUUCUGUGCAACUUUCCCUUUGAAUAUUUACACACUAUUGCUGAGACCGGGUAUUUACAAAAGAACCAUGAAUUCUCAAAUCCUUGUCUUGUUUGUGUUCAUGUCUGUGCGCUAGAGACACAAGAUGUACUUAAAUGUUAUUUUCCAUGUUCUGUAAUUUUGUUUCUGGUGACUUGUAAUUCGCUUUUUAAGAAAGUAUGAUGUUGCUAAAAAUCUUAAUAAAUUAGAAAACCUUUA